CCUGAUCUGAGGCCUUUUGGUGUUUUGCAUCGCUGUAGCGGCGCGUUCUAUGCAGUAGGUCCAUCUUGAUAGGUCAUCUUUCAUCUUUCGUUCAAUGCACGUCGGUGUGGACGUGGGAACGGGUACCGAAACAAACACGGCAGAGAUCUCUCAUUCCUUUCUUCAUUCACUCAUUCAUUUAGGCUCUGUGAGAGCGGCAGUGUUCGACAUUCGCGGCCACUCGCUCUCGUCGGCCUCUCUGUAAGGCAUGCAGCAGUGACGUGCAACGGGCGCUCUGAGCCUCUGGAUGCGCUGUCAGUCAUCAGCUCCUCUUCCUCCUUCCUUCUCACAGGCCCAUCUCGACACACACGCCUCUUGCAGAGCACUACGAGCAGGCCAGCGAUGAGAUAUGGCAGCAGUGCUGCAAUGCGGUAAGCCUGGAUGGCAGGCAGGCAGGCAGGCAGACAGAUAGACGUGGAUGGAUGAGAAACAAGAAAGAGAAAGAGAUCGUCUUGCACCGUCCCGCAUAGGCUCCGCGUGUGUGUGGUCAGGUGCGUCAGUGUCUGUCUGCGAUAGAGCAGAGGAGUCAGUUCGUGACGAGCGGGGAGAACACCGUGAGGAACCAGGUGGAAUCCAUCGCAUUCGACGCCACAUGCUCACUGGUACUCUACACCAUGCACUGCACCCACCAUCCACUUGGCCAUGUCCAUCUGUGUGUUUCUAUAUCUGUGUGUGGGUGUGGGUGUCUGGAUUGCAGGUCGUUCUCGACGGCAGCGACCGCCCCGUGUCGGUCACACCCACCGGAGUGGCACGGCGGAGCGUAUGGAACGUGAUCCUGUGGAUGGACCACAGGGCUGUCGCGCAAGCCGACCGCAUCAACAGCACCAACCACCCUGUCCUCGGUAGGCUCGUAUGCCCGCAGGUAUCCAGCGGUCUCUCUCUCUCUCUCUCUCUCCGUGUGUUGGAAGGGUUUGUCGGUGGGAAGGUGUCGCCUGAGAUGGAGUGGCCCAAGGUGCUGUGGCUGAAGGAGCACCUGCCGCAGUCGUUUGGGAGUGCGUGUGGGGGGAAGCUGAUGGACCUCACCGAUUACCUCACUUACAGGUGAGUGUGAGUGUAAGUGGCCAAGUAGGUCUGUCUUAUGUGGCUGGGUGUGCUGCGUGUGCUGCCUGUGUGGUGUGGUGUGUGGUCAGGGCGACGGGUGUGGAUGAGAGGAGCCAGUGCACCGUGACCUGCAAGUGGAACUGGAUCGCACCCGUACACAGACCCACACACACACACACCACUCGCAUCGCACAAAAAACAAACCCUGACGACCAUGGUUUCUGACUGACUGCAGGAGGCGGCCUCUCUCCUUCCCCAAUCCUCCGAGCCCUACACAGACGGAUGGACGGCCUCAUUCCUCCAAGAGAUUGGCGUGGCCGAGUUCGUCUCAGAUGCUGAGAAGGCGAGGGCGGUCAAGGGCCAAAGUGGGGUGGGGGUGAGGCCGCUCGCCGCACCAGUAGGCAAUGGGCUCUCGGCAAAGGUAAGUGGGUCAGUGGGUCAGGGGAUUGUUCGCUGGGUGGAUGUGCGUGUCUGUCGCUGCAUUUUCACUUUCUGUGUGUCUGUGUCAGGCUGCCAGCGAGCUGGGGUUGCGUCAAGGCUGUGCUGUCGGUGUCGGACUCAUCGAUGCACACGCAGUGAGAAACACGCCUCCCUCCCUCCCUGCCACACCCACCGCCCACACACUUUCCCCCAUCCAUCCAUCCAUCCACAUGUGCAGGGCGGCAUCGGCCUUCUAUCCCUCCGCUCCCCCGCCCCCUCGCCCUCCUCCUUCCCGUCGCGCUUGGCCAUGGUGUCGGGCACGUCCACGUGCUACAUGUUCACUAGCGAUGAUGCUGUGAAGGUGCCUGGCGUGUGGGGGCCUUACUAUGGCGCCAUGCUGCCCGACAAGUGGCUGCUGGAAGCUGGUAAUCGUCUGUGUGUUUGUGUACUCUCUCUCUCUGUUUUCUCUCUCUAUCUAUGUGUGUGUGUGUGGAUUGAUGUAGGUCAGAGUGCGACAGGCUCCUUCAUCGACCACCUGUUGGUGUCCCAUGCGGCGAGAUACGACCCGCCCCUCGCCGACAAGCCACUGCACGACGUCCACAGGCACCUCGCACACAUACUGAUGCAGCACGAGGGGGAAGACUGCCCCACCGUCCUGACGAAAGACAUCCACAUGACACCAGAUGUGCACGGGAAUCGCUCGCCCUUUGCGGACCCGCACAAGAGGGGUGUGGUGGUGGGGGCAUCGUUGGAGAGAUCGGUCAACCAUCUGGCCGUCAUGUAUCUGGCUGCUCUACAGGUACACCCACACCCACACCCACACACACCCCUUCCUCUGUAUGUAGCCAUGUGUGUGUGUGUGUGUGUAUGCGUGUGUGGCAGGCAGUGGCGUAUGGGUGCCGACACAUAAUGCAGACAGUCGAGAGCAAGGGCCACCCCCACAUAGAGACCAUCUGUCUGUGUGGUGGGCUGGCCAAGAGCCCCCUGUUCGCGCAGCAGUGUGCCGACAUCCUCCAGCGUGAUGUGCUCAUCGCACCGGAGGAGACCGACGCCGUGCUGCUCGGAUCAGCCAUCAUAGGUCAUUGGCACCACCACGCACACACACACACACACACACACAGAGAGAGAGAGAGAGAGUGUGUGUGGUGUACCAGUAUGUGUCGUGGGUGCAGGUGCGGCAGCUUUGGAGGGUGGUGGCAGUGAUGCGCUGCUGUCGGCCAUGCAGCGGAUGGGCCCCCUUGCGUCCCUGGUGCGGCCGACCUCCAAACCAUCAAUUGUCGACUUGCACGACAGGUGGGGUGGGUGGGUGCCUCUCAGUGGUGGGGAGAGAUGGCACUCACACGGUGCCAUGCAUUUGCCUCUCUGUGUGUUUUCUGUGUAUGUCAGGAAGUAUGGUGUGUUUGUGAGGAUGAUGGAAUUUGAGAAGGAGUGCCGAGAUGCCAUGCAUUCAUGACCCCUCUGCAUCAUCACAUGAAUCAUGAUGACACCGUGCCAAAUCUUAGGGGUACGGCGUCAGGGUUCAGGGUUUACGACUUUAGGGUUCCCCGGGGUAGCGCGGCCAUCUCCCCUCCCCCUAUCUAUCCCUCCCUCCCUGCAUCGG